CAAGGUCAAGUGUUCGCAGGUACAUACACUACAUAACCCGUGAAUGCGUAUAUAAAGGAACACCGAGCCAGUGGAAAAACGAAACUCGCAGAGAAUGGCGUAUACAGCAGAGCUGACUCAGUGCCACAUAUGCUUGGAACAGUUUCAAAAGCCCCGGGCCCUCCCUUGCGUACAUACGUUCUGUCAUCUCUGUCUGCAAGAGUAUAUCAACGCGUGCCACUCAAGAGCGGGCCUUAUGUCCGGUUUUAAGUGUCCGGUAUGCCGGAAAGAAACACGUCCGACAGGAAAUGACGUUCCGACUGAUCCCGCCAACUGGGCCUCUCUUUUUCCCAUUAAUCACCUGAUCGUUUCGUUAAUGGAUGGACUGCCAGGUGCUAGCGAUAGUAAAAAAGAGAGCUCGACAAGUGCACCAUGUCGCGAAGCAAUCGGAACCACAGGAGUCGAAGUGCCCGCUUUUGUACACGAUGUUGACCCACAUAAGGGUAGAGAGCAGGAACUUUCAUACGGUAAACAAAUUCCGCCUUCCACAUCGGUAGACCCGUAUCCUAUAGCGGACCAUUAUCCGUCUGCGUUUGAAUAUCACCCACACCCGAAUCCGUUCGAGCAUAAUUCUUGGCGACUGUUAGACCACCAUCCCCCGCCCCCGUUCGGUCAUCAUCCUCCGCCACCGUUCGGGCACCAUCCUCCGCCACCGUUCGGGCACCAUCCUACGCCACCGUUCGGGCACCAACCUCCGCCACCGUUCGGACACCAUCCUACGCCACCGCACGACCACCACCGGCCACCACCGUCAUUGGAGCAUCACCAUCCGCGGUUCGGGCGCCCGCAUUCGCCGCCUCAUCACGGCCACCACCACGGACAUCGACACGGACACCCAGGACCGGGCUGGGGCGGAUGCAGAGGCGGCAGAUUUUAAUACUCUGAAUACAGAUUUGAUAGUAAGAGUGCUGAGCAUAACUUGAUGUCAAUGAUGUGAUGCUUGCGACAAGCCAAAGCGGCACUUAACAAUCUGCAUAAACGUUACAUUUGACUAUUCGUCGAACGUUUGUAUUUGAAGGAACAUGUACUUUUGAUAAUCAUAAUUCCAGCGGUGUUAACUUGAUUCAAAGGUAAUUUUUCUUCGAAAAAAAAGGUAACCUGCGUACAGCAAUUUGAAUAGUUGUGAACAGUUUUCUCCGUGGUGAUUUUUUUAAUAAAAAUAAAUAAACGAAAUAUUCUUGAAAAAAAAACGGUAUCGAACUUACGACAGGAAGGUUUAAAGCUAAUUGAAAUUGGUUUUACUAUCUAGUAUUCUGACUUUUUGAAAUUGUGUGUUAGUGAAUUCAAUAUAAUCACUACUCUGAAAUCAAAAUGUAAACAAUAAAAUGGUCGAAAGUUA